CUUUUUCUUUGUGGUCGACCGCAGUCAAACAUCCUGAACCACAGCAGAACCCGCAGCCUGCUCCCGUGUUCACCUGAGGACCAGACGCAAAGAAAGAAAACAGAAGCUAAAAUAAAUCGACUGAACCCAGUUUUGCUCUGAUAGGCAGCAUGGAUUUGGUAUCUUCCAUCUUGUCCACUCUGUCUCUUCCACGUAUCUCCCUGCUGGCUCCUGACCCCCCUCUCUCUCCCUCGCCCCCCUCUCCUCCGUCCCAGCAUGCUGACGCUCUUUGUGGCAGCUGCCCGUCCUCUGGUUCUGCUCCACAGACCGGAAACCUCUGGCCCAACCUGCCGCCCUCCGGAGCCGGGUUCCCUGCGUGGCCUGGGCAGCCCACCCAGUCUGUGCCGUGCUGGACCGGCCAACCAAACACUGCCUGCUGGCCCGCUUCGCAACCACCUCCGGUGUCUGUUCCCGCUCAAAUUUCAGUUCCGGCUCCAAGUCAAGUCGUAACACCACCCGCGCCGACCGCAGCCGUGGUCCCGGCGCCGUUUCAGGUCCCGUCUCCGGCCGGUCAGCAGCCCUGUCAGCCGUGUUGGCCAGUCACUCAGUAUCAGCCGCCCCAGCAGCCGGCGCCGGUCCAAGCUCAGGUUCCUGCUCCAGCUCCUGCUGUUUCUCCUGCUGCCACCAUCCACCCAAGCGUACCAGGCUGGCCUGCUCACCCUGGCUGGCCCUAUAACCCAGGACAGUCAGGAUGGCCUGGACAGAACCCAUCUAUGAUGCCGCCACACUGGCUCCCCCCCACAUCUGGACCUAUGAGUGUGCCGUACAACUUAAACCUGGCCCGAGGAGUGUAUGACAAAAUGAUGAUGACGAUCCUGGGCUAUGUCAAACCUAAUGCCAAAAUGUUCACAGUGAACUUCCUGAGAGGCAAUGACAUUGCCUUUCACAUCAACCCGCGCUUUAACGAGGGGGGCAAGCAGGUGGUGGUCCGGAACCACAAAGUGGGCGACCGCUGGGGCCCGGAAGAGAGGGACCUUAAGGGACCCUUCCCUUUCGCUCCUGGGAGCUCUUUUGAGAUGAAGAUCCUGUGCACCCCCGAGACCUUCAGGGUGGCGGUGAACAACAUCCCGUUGUUCGAGUUCCGCCACCGCGUCCGAGAGCUGAACCAGAUCGACCGGAUCAACAUCCUGAACGACGUCGUCCUCACUUACGUCAACGUGGAGACGCUUCCCUGAGGAGCCGACCGACCUGCAGCAGAUUUUUGGACACCUGUGCGCUCAGAAGAAAAAAAAAAAAACAUGACUGAAACAAAAAAUAUGCUUGAAUUUGAAAGGUUUUUGCUGUUUUUAUUUUUAUUUUACACUUGAAAAAGCAACUGACUAAAAGUACAAGUAAAAAAAACUUAUAUGUAUCACAUUUUCACUUAGAUAUUUUCUCAGAAUUAUAAGCUUAUUUUGUUUAACUUUUACAUAUUUGUUGGGUCAAAUAGUAUGUGUUUAAUUUUAGGGGUCAUUAAUCGAACUGGUCUGUCUGAACUAAUAGUAGUCUUGCUAUUUCAACAAUUUAACAUGAAAAUAAUAAUAAUCUGAUAUUUUUCUGAUCUUGACACAAAAUCCGACAAUAUUUAUUAAAAGUUGGAGGAACUGGACAAACACCAGUUAAAAUAAAAUCCUGCCACCCAUAAAAACUGUAUAUAUUAAACCAUAAUUUUAUAACAGCAUUGCAACGACAAAAAGCUGAAUAACUAAAGUGUUUUCUAUUAUUUUGGGCAAAUUCAACUAGUUGUUUUCAAUGCAUGAAAAUGUGCAAAUAUCCAUACAAUAUUUGACAUGCAAAAUAUUUCUCUUCUCUUUUUCAUAAUGUAUCAACAAUGGAUACAUCUGUCUGACAUGGAGCUGCAAUAAGCGCAAACUGCAGCCUCUGUAGUAAAAUUAACCAUUUAAUAAAUUUCUAUUUAUCUGUUUGAAGAGUUUAAUUGUUUACAUUAUGUUGUGUAUUAAAUAAAAAGUCACUAACUCUGA